UCACCAUGAGGGCUUUCCUUUCGUUUAUCAUUGCUUCACUAGCAUUGUCCCACCAUGUCGAAGGUCGAGGACUUAAGCCUCGCCAGACCUCUGCAGCGACCUCUACACCACCCUCAUCUGCCGUCACUAAUGUCACAUGCAAUGGAAAGUCUGCAUACAAUUACAGCCAGAUGACAUCCCUCCACCUCCUGCAACUGCUCGACCUCUUCCACAAAGCCUCGGUUCUCUACUUCUUGCACUGUUCUUUCUUUGAACUCGACUUCAUCAACCACCCCAUGCUCGACGUCUUCUUCGAGUACCAGUUGCUCGAAAUCUUCAAGCAC